AACAGAGAAGCCAGCCAGACCCCCGUCAUAUGAACAGAGAAGACAACAAACCAGAAGAAAACCCAACUGAUCCACAUGGUGAGUCUGCUACCUCUGAUGAAGAUGGAUAUGAGAAACCCUCCAGCAUGAAGGUAAGAAGAAAGGAGAAGAAAGCAUGGCAGACAGGAGCUCCUCUCUCGCAGCAGAGGGGUAGUAACCUGGAUGAAGCUGUCAGCAAGCCUCAGAGUGCCCCCCUGAGGAAGCCAGAAAAUGUUGGGGCUAAGAGAAGAAAGACCGGAACAGGAAGAGAAGAGGCGUUUGUGGAAGAAGAGGGGGGGGUAGGGAUGCCAUCAGGUGUUCCAGCCCCCUCCCCAAGUGAAACAGGCAACUCGUCCAUGGUUCCCGACACGGUGGAAGUCGUUGUGCCCGACCGGCUGCCCGGGGUGGCUCCGACAGGUCAUCCCGGGGAGGAGAUGGACACUGGGCAAGGUGACGGAGACGGGACAACCCCUGUUCCGGCGAAGAGGAAUCCUCUCCUUAGUCCCCUACCGGAGGAUCUUCAGGAGGAGUUUUCUUCUUACAGGAAUGUGGCAUCCCUCACCAAGCAUCAUACAAGAAAUAUGAAGAAGACUGGAAGCAUGGCCCCUCAGUGUGGUCAGGGUCCAACGCAUCUAAAUCUGGAGGAGUUGCUAUACUUUUUAAGGAUGUUUUUAAUACCAAGAUUUUACCACAGUCAUGGAAAAUGGAAGGACUUAUCCUGGAGCUGCAUCCACAGUUGCCUUCCGUGCCGGGCUUUCCAACACCGUAGAGGAUUUGCAAGCACAGCAAAGUGUCCAAGAGAGGGAUGCCACGAAGAGGAGACUGUUUUACAUCUUUUAUGGACAUGUGAUUUUUCUAGAAGGAUAUGGACUAAAAUGCUGCCACUUUUAAACAAAAUUGCUGCUAUAAAAGACUUGGACUAUAAUAUGGUUUUAUAUGGGUGUUUGGAUUGUCCCGGCGAACAAGAGAAACGGAAGGCAUGGCAAAUAAUAAACUGUGUGAAGGCAGCUCUGUGGAAAAAUAGGAAUAUUUUAUUAUUUAAAAAGGACAUUUUAUCUUUCGAUGAUGUUAUUGGAAUGAUUUUAAGUGAAAUGUACAUCUAUCUUUUAAUCGAUAAACAAAGUGAUGAGUUUGCAUUCUUAAAAUGGCAUUUUACCGACUGGCAUAUGUGAAAUUGUAAAAUUGUAAGUUUUUUAUGUUCCCCUGGUUUUAAUGCUAUGUAACUA